GGGGGUGGUGGGGGGGCCAGAGCCACAGGAUGGCUUCCCCUCUGAGGGACGAGGAGGAGGAGGAGGAGGAGAUGGCGGUGUCGGAGGAGGAAGAAGAGGAGGACGAAGAGGGCGACGAGGAGGAGGAGGAGGUGGAGGCGGCCGACGAGGACGACGACGAGGACGACGAGGGGCUCCUGGCGCGCGGGCCGGGCCCCGACGGGGGCCGCGACCGCCACGGCCCCCCGGGCUGCCGCCUCUUCCCGCCGCCGCCGCCGCCGCCGCCGCCCCCGCCGCCCCCGCCAGGUAAGCGCCCCCCGCCCGAUAAGGAUGACAUUCGGCUGCUCCCUUCAACAUUGGGUGUGAAGAAGAGAAAACGAGGACCCAGGAAGCAGAAGGAAAACAAGCCAGGAAAACCCCGAAAACGCAAGAAACUUGACAGUGAGGAGGAAUUUGGCUCUGAGCGAGAUGAAUACCGGGAGAAGUCAGAAAGUGGAAGCAGUGAAUAUGGAACUGGACCAGGACGAAAACGGAGAAGGAAGCACCGGGAAAAAAAGGAGAAGAAGACAAAGCGGCGGAAAAAAGGAGAGGGAGAUGUGGGGCAAAAGCAGGUAGAACAGAAGUCAUCAGCAACUCUGCUUCUGACCUGGGGACUGGAGGACGUGGAACAUGUUUUCUCUGAGGAGGAUUAUCACACACUCACCAACUAUAAAGCCUUUAGCCAGUUCAUGAGGCCCCUAAUUGCUAAGAAGAAUCCUAAGAUCCCAAUGUCUAAGAUGAUGACUAUCCUUGGGGCCAAAUGGAGAGAGUUCAGCGCCAAUAACCCUUUCAAGGGGUCAGCAGCUGCUGUGGCGGCGGCAGCAGCGGCAGCGGCUGCAGCUGUAGCUGAGCAAGUGUCAGCUGCUGUGUCAUCAACCACCCCGAUAGCACCUUCCGGACCCCCUACCCUUCCACCACCCCCAACUGCUGAUAUCCAGCCCCCACCCAUCCGAAGAGCCAAAACCAAAGAAGGCAAAGGUCCAGGCCAUAAGAGGCGGAGUAAGAACCCCCGAGUUCCUGAUGGACGCAAGAAGCUUCGGGGAAAGAAAAUGGCACCACUCAAAAUCAAACUAGGGCUGUUGGGUGGCAAGAGGAAGAAGGGAGGCUCGUAUAUUUUGCAGAGUGACGAGGGCCCCGAACCAGAGGCUGAGGAAUCAGACCUGGACAGUGGCAGUGUUCACAGUGCCUCAGGCCGGCCUGAUGGCCCUGUCCGCACCAAGAAACUAAAAAGAGGCCGGCCAGGAAGGAAGAAAAAAAAGGUGCCCGGGGAGGAGGAGGUUGAUGGCUACGAGACGGAUCAUCAGGACUAUUGUGAGGUGUGCCAGCAGGGUGGGGAAAUUAUUCUGUGUGAUACCUGCCCUCGUGCCUACCAUCUCGUCUGCCUUGAUCCUGAGCUUGACCGGGCUCCUGAAGGCAAAUGGAGCUGCCCCCACUGUGAGAAAGAGGGGGUACAAUGGGAGGCUAAGGAGGAAGAAGAAGAAUAUGAAGAGGAGGGAGAAGAAGAAGGGGAGAAGGAGGAAGAGGAUGACCAUAUGGAGUACUGCCGUGUGUGCAAGGAUGGUGGGGAGCUUCUGUGCUGUGAUGCUUGCAUCUCUUCCUACCACAUUCAUUGUCUGAAUCCACCCCUGCCUGACAUCCCCAACGGUGAAUGGCUUUGUCCCCGAUGCACAUGCCCUGUGCUCAAAGGUCGUGUACAGAAGAUCCUACAUUGGCGGUGGGGGGAACCACCCGUGGCCAUUCCUGCUAACCAACAAGCAGAUGGAAACCCAGAUGCCCCAACACCCCGUCCUCUUCAAGGCAGAUCAGAGAGAGAAUUCUUUGUCAAGUGGGUAGGAUUGUCCUACUGGCACUGCUCCUGGGCCAAGGAACUUCAGCUGGAAAUCUUCCAUUUGGUAAUGUAUCGGAACUACCAACGGAAGAACGACAUGGAUGAACCUCCACCCCUGGACUAUGGAUCUGGUGAGGAUGAUGGGAAGAGUGACAAGCGCAAGGUGAAAGAUCCUCACUAUGCAGAGAUGGAGGAGAAGUACUAUCGUUUUGGUAUCAAGCCAGAAUGGAUGACUGUCCACCGUAUCAUUAACCACAGUAUGGAUAAAAAGGGGAAUUACCACUAUCUAGUGAAAUGGAGGGACUUGCCGUAUGACCAGUCUACCUGGGAAGAAGAUGAGAUGAACAUCCCUGAAUAUGAAGACCAUAAACAGAGCUACUGGAGACACCGAGAAUUAAUUAUGGGGGAGGACCCGGCUCAACCCCGUAAGUAUAAGAAGAAGAAGAAGGAACUUCAGUGUGAUGGGCCUCCAACUUCUCCUACUAAUGAUCCUACAGUGAAAUACGAGACUCAGCCUCGCUUUAUCACUGCCACUGGAGGCACACUGCACAUGUACCAGCUGGAAGGGCUGAACUGGCUACGCUUCUCAUGGGCUCAGGGCACUGACACCAUUCUGGCUGAUGAGAUGGGGCUGGGCAAGACCAUACAAACCAUCGUCUUCCUCUACUCACUCUAUAAGGAGGGUCACACAAAGGGUCCUUUCCUGGUGAGUGCUCCACUCUCCACCAUCAUUAAUUGGGAACGGGAGUUCCAGAUGUGGGCACCCAAGUUCUAUGUGGUAACAUACACCGGUGACAAGGACAGUCGGGCCAUCAUUCGUGAAAAUGAGUUUUCAUUUGAGGACAAUGCCAUCAAAGGUGGCAAGAAAGCUUUUAAGAUGAAGAGGGAGGCGCAGGUGAAGUUCCAUGUUCUCCUGACAUCGUAUGAGCUGAUCACCAUCGAUCAGGCUGCACUUGGCUCCAUCCGCUGGGCCUGCCUCGUGGUGGAUGAGGCCCAUCGGCUCAAGAACAACCAGUCCAAGUUUUUUAGGGUUCUCAAUGGCUACAAGAUAGAUCAUAAAUUGCUGCUGACAGGAACUCCAUUACAGAAUAAUCUGGAGGAGCUCUUCCAUCUACUGAACUUCCUCACCCCAGAGAGGUUUAACAACCUGGAGGGCUUCCUGGAGGAGUUUGCUGAUAUAUCCAAAGAGGACCAGAUUAAGAAACUGCAUGAUUUGCUGGGGCCACAUAUGCUGCGGAGGCUUAAGGCUGAUGUCUUUAAGAAUAUGCCAGCCAAGACAGAGCUCAUAGUUCGAGUGGAGCUGAGCCCCAUGCAGAAGAAAUACUACAAAUAUAUCCUGACUCGAAAUUUUGAAGCCUUGAAUUCACGAGGCGGCGGGAACCAAGUGUCACUGCUUAACAUCAUGAUGGAUCUUAAGAAGUGCUGCAACCACCCAUACCUCUUUCCUGUGGCUGCUAUGGAGUCCCCAAAACUCCCCAGUGGGGCUUACGAGGGUGGAGCACUUAUUAAGGCAUCUGGGAAACUUAUGCUGCUGCAGAAAAUGUUGCGGAAGCUGAAGGAGCAAGGACACAGAGUGCUCAUCUUCUCACAGAUGACCAAAAUGUUAGACUUGCUGGAAGACUUCUUAGACUACGAAGGCUACAAAUAUGAACGGAUUGAUGGUGGCAUCACUGGUGCCCUGAGGCAAGAAGCCAUUGAUAGGUUCAAUGCUCCUGGAGCCCAACAGUUCUGCUUCCUCCUAUCCACCCGAGCCGGGGGCCUGGGCAUCAACCUGGCUACUGCCGACACUGUCAUCAUCUUCGAUUCUGACUGGAACCCCCAUAAUGAUAUCCAGGCCUUCAGCCGUGCUCAUCGGAUUGGUCAGGCCAACAAGGUGAUGAUUUACCGGUUUGUGACUCGUGCAUCAGUAGAAGAGCGAAUCACCCAGGUGGCCAAGAGAAAGAUGAUGCUAACACAUUUGGUGGUGCGGCCUGGGCUGGGCUCCAAGGCGGGCUCCAUGUCCAAGCAGGAGCUGGAUGACAUUCUCAAAUUUGGCACCGAGGAAUUGUUUAAGGAUGAAAAUGAGGGAGAUAACAAGGAGGAGGAUAGCAGUGUGAUUCACUAUGACAAUGAGGCCAUCGCUCGACUGUUGGACCGAAAUCAGGAUGCAACCGAGGACACUGACGUGCAGAAUAUGAAUGAGUAUCUCAGCUCUUUCAAGGUGGCACAGUAUGUGGUGCGGGAAGAAGACAAGAUUGAGGAAAUUGAACGAGAGAUCAUCAAGCAGGAGGAGAAUGUGGAUCCUGACUACUGGGAGAAAUUGCUCAGGCAUCAUUAUGAACAACAGCAGGAAGACCUAGCUCGGAAUCUCGGCAAAGGCAAGAGGGUUCGAAAGCAGGUUAACUAUAAUGAUGCUGCUCAGGAAGACCAAGAUAACCAAUCAGAAUACUCAGUGGGCUCCGAGGAAGAAGAUGAAGACUUUGAUGAACGUCCAGAAGGGCGCCGCCAGUCAAAGAGGCAGCUCCGGAAUGAAAAGGAUAAGCCCCUGCCUCCACUGCUGGCUCGAGUUGGGGGCAACAUUGAGGUAUUGGGAUUUAACACGCGUCAGCGGAAGGCGUUCCUCAAUGCUGUAAUGCGCUGGGGAAUGCCCCCACAGGAUGCCUUCACCACUCAGUGGCUGGUGCGGGACUUGAGGGGCAAGACCGAAAAGGAGUUCAAGGCCUAUGUGUCUCUGUUCAUGCGCCAUCUCUGUGAGCCUGGGGCAGAUGGCUCUGAAACCUUUGCAGAUGGGGUUCCUCGUGAGGGACUAAGUCGUCAGCAAGUGUUGACCAGGAUUGGAGUCAUGUCCCUUGUCAAGAAGAAGGUACAGGAGUUUGAGCACAUCAACGGGCGCUGGUCCAUGCCUGAGUUGAUGCCUGACCCCAGUGCAGACUCUAAGCGCUCCUCCAGAGCCUCCUCUCCUACCAAAACAUCUCCCACUACACCAGAGGCUUCUGCUGCAAAUAGUCCUUGUACCUCUAAACCUGCAACUCCAGCUCCAAGUGAGAAAGGAGAUGGCAUAAGGACACCUCUUGAGAAGGACGAAGUGGAAAACCAGGAGGAGAAUCCAGAGAAAAAUAGCAAAACUGGGGAAAAGAUGGAGACAGAGGCUGAUGCCCCCAGCCCAACCCCAUCACUUGGGGAGCGGCUGGAACCAAGAAAGACACCUCAAGAAGAUGAGGUUCCAGGGCUACCUGGAGAGAUAGAGCCUGAACUUGGGUACCAGGGGGAUAGAGAAAAGUCAGAAGAUAUCAAAGGGGACAGGGAGCUUCGACCUGGGCCUCCUCGUGACGAGCCACGGUCCAAUGGGAGACGGGAAGAGAAGUCAGAAAAGCCUCGGUUCAUGUUCAAUAUUGCAGAUGGUGGUUUCACAGAGCUUCAUACUUUGUGGCAGAAUGAAGAACGGGCAGCUAUUUCCUCGGGGAAACUUAAUGAAAUCUGGCAUCGACGACAUGAUUAUUGGCUUUUGGCUGGGAUUGUCCUCCAUGGCUAUGCACGGUGGCAGGACAUCCAGAAUGAUGCUCAAUUUGCCAUUAUCAAUGAACCAUUUAAAACUGAAGCCAAUAAAGGGAACUUUCUGGAGAUGAAAAAUAAGUUUCUGGCCCGGAGAUUCAAGCUCCUGGAGCAGGCGCUGGUGAUUGAGGAGCAGCUGCGGCGGGCGGCCUACCUGAACCUAUCACAGGAGCCGGCACACCCCGCCAUGGCCCUCCAUGCCCGCUUCGCCGAGGCCGAGUGCCUGGCCGAGAGCCACCAGCACCUCUCCAAGGAGUCGCUGGCGGGGAACAAGCCGGCCAACGCUGUCCUGCACAAGGUUCUGAACCAGCUGGAGGAGUUGCUGAGCGACAUGAAGGCAGACGUGACCCGCCUGCCAGCCACGCUGUCCCGAAUACCCCCCAUCGCAGCCCGCCUUCAGAUGUCCGAGCGCAGCAUUCUCAGCCGGCUGGCCAGCAAGGGCACGGAGCCUCACCCCACACCGGCCUUCCCCCCGGGUCCCUACGCCACACCUCCGGGGUACGGGGCAGUCUUCAGUGCCGCAUCCGUAGGGGCCCUGGCCGCCGCAGGCGCCAAUUACAGCCAGAUGCCUGCAGGGUCCUUCAUAACAGCCGCCACCAACGGCCCUCCAGUGCUGGUGAAGAAGGAGAAGGAAAUGGUGGGGGCAUUGGUGUCAGACGGGCUGGAUCGGAAGGAGCCCCGAACCGGGGAGGUGAUCUGUAUAGACGACUGACUGGAUCCCAUGCCUGCCCUUCAGCCAGGCCGCGUCCCCGAGGCCGACCCCCAGCUCAGGCUCUGAUGCCUGCUGCCAAUCCUCCACCUUCCCCACCCCUUGGGCCACCACUGGGCUAGUAGCCCCUUUACCCCUCUACAACUCUUCUCUUCAAGAAGGGCCUGUUCUCUUUGUUCACUCCCCUGUACCUUUCCCACCAUGCUUUGAAGACAGUGUUGGUGAGAAGAGGUCUGAAUAGGGAAGUGGUAUUAGCAGGGCCUUCCAAGUCCCUUUGUCCCCUGCCGCCAAACAUACACAGCUUCCUAAUAAAUGGUUGUGGGGAGGAAUGAGGUGAAGCCUCCCCAGUCUUUAUUCCUGCAAUGUAAGCUUCAUCUCCUGCAGAAGUGGGGUAUUAGCCUUGCUUGGCCUUCAGAAACUUUGGUGGGGAAAAGAACUCUGAAGAGAGAAGGGGGACUUUAGAGAGGGACGAAGUGAGUCCUGGGAGGGGGAGGAAGGGAAGAGGAGGGGUGGCUGCAUGUUUCUCCCCCUACCUCUCCCCAGAUAAGAGAGUGGAGCAGCUACAAGGGAGGGAGUCAAUUGCUGUUCUGCCUGAGAAUAAAGGCGCCAUUCACUGGCUGUUACCUCCUGCGUACUGGCAUCUUGUGUUGGGAAUUUCCCCCUCCCUGGGGAACAAGGAUGACCCCCCCACCCCCCAAGGAUAUUGAGUGAUAUUCCCUCAAGCCAAAGAGGAGCCCUCCCAAUCUGUCCUAGGGACCAAAAUAACCUAGAAAGAGUGGGAGGCAGCAGCAGGCCAAUUGUGGACUCCCUUAGUUCUGGAGCUCGGGUUCUUGGAAGACUUCUACCUUCCAUCCUGAAGGCCAGGAUAAGGACUGAAUAUGAGUGGUUCAGGCGGGGGGUGGGGGCGGGGGGCAGGGGGCCUACUGGUGGGGGGAGGGGGGAGACUACCUUGUCUUGGGACCAGAGCAAAACAGUGGAGGGCAGACUGGAGAGAGACGGGCACACUGUCCUCUCCAGGAGGGGCCAGGAGAGUGGCAGUUUGCAUGGCGAACCCCCCACUUCCUCUUCACUGCCCCUUCACUUUCUUGCUGCCCCCUUCCCCGUCUCUUUACACCCGUUCCUGGUCUGUCCCAAUCCCCUCUUCUGUAUCAGGUUUAUUGGUUGUACAUAUAAAUUAUACUUUCCUUUC